UAAUGAUAAUGACAGUGAUGAGGAUAACUCACUAGGGAACUCUCCAUAUGGAACAGAGAGUGAGAUUCAGUUAGUAGACUUGGACAAUGAAAAUGAAGAUGUCAUCCCUACCAGUUCAUCUAACUGGAGACCAUCAUACAGACAUGUCAAGCUACCAUCUACACCACCAGUGCUUUCUCAGAGUCUAGCAAUCAAAUGGCCUAUUAGAGUUUAUCCAUACAAGGGCAUUAUGUGGCACUUAGCAAUAUUACUACAGACACCCGAUUUCGAACAAUUGCUAGAGCAUCCAUAUGAAUACAACUCAAUUCCUGGGGUCUUAUCUGAUAUAUAUGAUGGUCACAUAUGGAAAGAAUUUAAAGAUGACUGUGGGGAACUGUUCUUUACUAGGAGCAAAACAGAUAUCAAAUUAGGUAUUAUACCAGGACCUUAUGAACCUAAUGCUGAUCAAAUUCAAAAUUACCUUGAGCCCUUUGUUGAUGAGUUGCAGCAGCUAUGGCAGGGACAACUCUUUCUUACAAGGAAUUUUCCUGUAGGAAAAAUGGUUCGCAGUGCACUGGUUUUAAUUGCUUGUGAUGUACCUGCAGCAUGCAAA